CCUGAUGUGGGGUCAACCAAACAAAACUCAGCCAAAUCGCGCCCCUCCACCCUCUCCACCAAUGAGGAGGCUAAUUCAGCCAAACGCCCCUCCCCAACCACAGCUAAUAAAAAAAGCCCCACCCCCAAGGCGACCACGCCCACCGCCGCCAAGCGGCCGCCGCCAACUGCUGCCCACAAGGCUGGAAAGUCUCCAGAAAACGACCCAGCUGAAAAACGCCCGACUGUGCCAAAGGCCACACCCACUCCCCGCCCCUCGGCCAGUAAGAACGGCUCCCCAGCGGCUAGCAAAACCGCAGGUACGUGCACCAUCACCAGCACGUGCACGUUCUCUGUCCGACAAACAAAAAUGAGAAGACUGAGAACAAAACAGGGGAGGCCAAGAAACCCAAGACGACAGGGCUCAACCGCCCACCGCCGCCGGGUCAUCACCAAACCCCCCGUGCCCAAGCAGACCCCCCUGGAGAAGAAGCCGGCGGUGCCCCGCGCCCCCCGGACCCCCCGGCCCAUCAACGCUCCGACCCCAGACCUGAAGAACGUCCGCUCCAAGAUCGGGUCCAUCGACAACAUCAAGUACCAGCCGGGAGGAGGGAAGGUCUCCUCCGCCCAGAACAACAAGACAACAGACCCUCCCACCACUGCCGCCAAGCCCAGAGUUCAGAUAGUGCACAAAAAGCUGGACUUCAGCCAUGUCACCUCUCGCUGUGGCUCCAAGGACAAUAUCAAACAUGUCCCUGGAGGUGGCAAAGUGCAGAUCUUGAAUAAGAAGGUUGAUGUGAGCAAGGUGACAUCCAAAUGUGGCUCCAAGGACAACAUCAAACACAAGCCAGGUGGUGGAGACGUGAAGAUCGAGUCCCAUAAGCUAAACAUUAAAGCUAAGUCUAAGAUCGGGUCCCUAGACAACGUGGGGCCGGGCAGCGGGCAGACCAAUGGACACAAGGAGGAGAAAACGGAGGGUAAAACAUCACCUCCGAGCGGCGCUCCGACAACAGGACCCGCCGCAGGCGUUGCCAAGGCAACGGCACCAGGAGAUGUUGCUAAGGAGAACGGCACGAAGGAGCCCACACCCAAUCCGUUUGGGGGGGACGGACUGAGGGAGCCCCUUAGCUUAGACAAACGUAUCGCUGAGACA